AAUCCUCUUUAUCGAGUACAAUUUCAGACACCUGGCUUUCAUCCACCGGGCUCUGGAAGCAUGCGUCUGCGUGGCGAGUGCAUUUACUCCGCACUACUUUCUUUCGAAUUUCCCUCGCAGUUGUCGCGGAAAAAGAAGCUAUCGCGGCUCAAUUUCUCCAUAUUUCUGGACCAAAAUUGAAGUGAAAUGAAGCAAAGACAAACCCCCAAGUCCCUCUCCAAAACUAUGGAGAUGGAUUUGGAUAGAAUUAGCAACCUACCGUGUCAUGUUAUAGAUCAAAUUUUGUCACAUUUGCCGAUUAGGGAGGCUGUGCGAACAAGUGUUUUGUCGACCAAGUGGAGGUACAGAUAUGCUAGGCUUCCACAGCUUGUGUUUGAUAACCACUGUUUCUCGCCUCAAAACCAAUCAACCUUCGUCAACAUUGUUGAUCAUGUGCUUUUACUUCACAUUGGCCCCGUACACAAGUUCAAGCUGUCAAAGAGGGACUUUCUGGCCACUGCUGAUAUUGAUCGCUGGAUUCUUCAUCUGUCAAGAAGCUCAAUCAAAGAGUUCAUACUUGAAAUUUGGAAAGGGCAGCGCUACAAGAUGCCCUCAUGCUUGUUUUCUUGCCAGGAUAUGAUUCAUUUAGAGUUGUUCAAUUGUUUGCUUAAACCUCCAUCGACAUUCAAAGGCUUCAGGAGUUUGAAGAGCCUUGACCUUCAGCAUGUUACCCUGGCCCAAGACGUCUUUGAAAAUAUGGUUCUUCGCUGUCCUCUGCUUGAGAAGUUGACUGUGAUGAACUUUGACGGUUUCUCCCAUCUCAACAUUGAUGCGCCAAAUCUCCAAUUCUUUGACGUUGGAGGUAAAUUUGAGGAUGUUAAUUUCAAGAAUACCUCAAAUCUUGCUGUAGUGUCCAUUGGUUUGUAUGAACAUGUUGGCAACUCCUUUAGACGGCUUCCUAGCAGUUCUAGCAAUCUGCUCAAGUUUUUUGCUCACCUUCCUGGUAUCCAGAGACUUGAAAUUCAGAGUUACUUUUUAAAGUAUUUGGCUAUUGGUCCCUUGCUAGGAAAGCUGCCUAAACCAUGUCCAGUUCUGAACUAUCUUUCUCUACGGAUAAGCUUUAACGAUUUGGACGAGGUCUUGACUGCUGUAUGCAUUUUGAAAAGCUCUCCCGCACUACAAGAAGUAGAAAUUUUGGUCCGCCCAGAGGACAUUGCUGUUGUGGGAACAGUUGACCUUCAGUUAGAUGUAAACUGGAAAUGCCCAGUCACCCAACUGCGACUUGUGAAAAUCAACGGCAUCUCAGGUACCAAACCGGAACUAGAAUUCAUCAGAUUUCUACUUUUGAGUUCACCUGUGCUCGAGAGGAUGACUGUGAAGCCUGCAUCCGUCAACUGUGAUUGGGAGAUAGUUAAAGCUUUGCUUCUGUUUAGGCGUGCCUCGGUGCAGGCAGAGAUUGUCUACGAGGACCCAUGAUUCAUCAAUAAAUUUCGACAGAUAAGAGGAUUUGCUUGCAGGAAUGAAUGUAGGUUUUGUCGAGAUGUUUAUGAUGCAUGUAUGUUUGUCUGAACAAAAUGUGUCAUAUCUGUAAACUCUGGGAUGUGGAUUCAUUUGGCAUUAACAUUGCAUAAUGUAUAGAGAGUUACUAUGGCCUCUUUGGUUGUU